UUAUUCCUUACUCACUUUCCUUUAUUCUUUGUAAUUCCAUUUAAUUUGCACAUUGUGGUAGCACAGUAUGUGAUCCUUUUUUCCCCUAAUGACGAUGGUGGUUUUCCAGAGGCGUGUCCAGGAUUUGGAUUCUGUGGGUUCAACUUUUAAGUUUUUUAGCACUGAAUUCAUUGUAUUUUUAAAGUUAUGCGUUCAGACCUACCAUUUGUUGCAAUUUUAAUGAAUUUGUACAUAUAAAUUUAUGUUCCAUGUCAAAAGUACUGGUUUCAGAUGAACCCGGCGGGCAUAAUCUACAUCCGCCACUGUUGUUUUCGAGCUAGCUUGGUGCACCUCGAUUAGUCAACUAGGUAUCGAGUAAUUAUGAUCUAUGGCCACCAAGGCUUAGGCAGAUGGAAUGAAAUCACUUUACUGUUCUUUUGUUCCUUUUUGAGAUUUGAACCUAAAAUUUCAUAGUUCCCCUCCCACUCCAUUGACCACCGGGCUAUACUCCAUAUACUAUGUGAUCUUACAAUUCCAUAUAUGGAUGAAAACCUUUUUUCUUUAAAAAUAUCCCAAUUGUUGACUUAUACCAUUACCGUGUGUCACCAGAGACGAAUAUAGAAUUCGAACUUUGUGGGUUCAAGUUUGAAAUUCUACCAACAACCCAUUUGAUUUAUUGGUCUCAAAUUUAAUUAUUUGUACUUAUUUAUUAGAAUUUGUAACAUAUACAGGGUCUGAGCCAAAGCUAUUGGGUUUGCUAAAUCCCCUCAGCAUGUCACCCACUUCUACACCCGACCAAUUAAAUAAUCUAGUAAAUAAUUUCUCGGAGAAAGAAUUUUUUACAGGAAGCAAUUUCCUUACAAUACAUUUUUAUGGAAACAUUUGCCAUGUUUUUCUUCAUGCCAAAUGCACCCGAAGCCAUUUCAGAAUUUCAAAUGUGCUUCAAUCCGAGCGAUUGAGACUGGCUCCGAGUAUCACAUGAGGAAGCUAAUUACAUAUUGGACCAUCUUUUCCUUUAUUUCUCUGUUCGAGCACGUAUUUGAGAAACUUAUCGAAUGGGUUCCUCUGUGGCCAUAUAUAAAAUUAAUUACCAUAUGUUGGCUGGUAAUACCUCAGUUUAAUGGCGCGUGUUAUUUUUAUCAAAAUCUUAUUCAUCCAAGUUUGCUGGUGAAACUGGACGCUGUUAUCACUCAGUUUUAUGGUUCUUGUUAUGUUUACCAACGCCUUCUAUAUUCGUGCUUGUCUGUCAACCUUCAAAUUGUCACUGACUGGCUUAACAAGCCAAUGGAGGAUCCAUCUCUCGAUUAUAAAUCGUUUCUGGCUAUGGCAGAGAGGUAUCUCGAGGAAAAUGGAUCUGAUGAUCUGGUGAAACUUAUUGCAAGCAAGUCCAAGGAUUAUAGUUUGAAUCAUUAUGUUGAAGAGAUAAAGACUAUUGAUGCUAGUGAUGAAGCAGGAAUGCUUAUACCCAACCAGAUAGUGUGUGAAGGGGCUGGUUCCUUUUGGAAAGAUAUCAAAACGAUGGAACACAUGGCAAAACAUGAAGCAGCUGAGCCCAAACAUGUUAAAAGUGUAAGGGAAAAUCUAAUUUGGAUUGAGAAGAAAACGACAGGAACACAGGUCAAUGAAACAGCAGCUCCAACAAAUCAGGUAAAUCAGCUUAAGCAGGAGGAAGUUAAGCAUGCCGCUGCAGUACGAUCAGAGCACAGUACUAAUGAAGAAUUGAAAGAAAAAGUCCACCUAUCAGCUGCAGAUCUUAACGGGAGGGAGCACUUGGUCAAACUCCAAAAAACAAUGAGUUCUACGGCUGUGGCAGAAGAGAAUGAAUGUAGUGCACCAGAGGAACUUAUUGCAAACAAGUCCAAGGAUCAUAGUUUGAAUCAUCAUGGGGAAGGGAUCAAGGCUACAGACAUUUGUGAUAAAGCAGGAAUACUCACCCCCAGCCAGGCUAAGCCUGACACAAUUUUCCCUGGACCAAAAUUGGAAGUUGUAACACCAACUUCCAAGCCUUCAUCAAGCAGUUCUCUAAAGGAAAAUGUUAAAGUGUGGAGUUGUGCACAUUGUCAGAUAAGUACUACAAGCGAAGGUGACCUGAAUGAGCAUCUCCAAGGAAAGAAACACAAAAAGAAGGAGGCUGCUUUUAGAGCAGAGAAGGAUGAGAAAAACUACAACAUUGAUCCUUUACAAAAUAAACCUAAAUCCAUCCAGUUUGUGGAAUCUUGCAAUGAUCUGAGAAUAGGGCAGAAAUCAGAAGAAUGCUCAUUAGGGCCAAACGACAAUGAUGCACCAUCCUUGUUGAUAGAUGACAAUGCAGAUGACUUGAGAAAAAAUGUAUAUAAUACAACUCAUGAAAAGCAAAACAGUAAGGAGCAUGAGAAUAGAGAGUUCAAAUUUUGGUGUGAGACAUGCAAGGUAGGGACCUUGUCUGAAAAGGUGAUGGAGGACCAUAAGAUGGGAAAGAAGCAUGCCCGGCAUCUUCGACAACUUGAACAAGCAGUGCUAAUAACAAAUUCAUGAAUAUCAAAUUGUGUAGAAGCUGCAGAGGAAUGAUUGUAUUGAGGAAUCUAAAAUGUGGGAGCUUCUGUCAACCAACUAGUAGCCUUUUUUUUUUAAUUAAGGAAAUUGGAUGUUAUCAACAUUACCUUUUGACCCAUUUGGUAUUUUUGUCCUUCAAAUUUCUUAUUUUCUAUGAUUCUCAAAUUUUGGUUUGUGAAAACCAUCCAUUAUGAUCUA